GCUUAUGAUCAAAUUAAUGAAUGCAUGGGAUAAGUUUAUUAACCAAACGAUCUGAUAUUCAACCGUACCACGCUGAGGUUAUUGGUCUGACGUGUUUUCCUGUUUCUCAUCUGUCACACUCUCUUAGAUCUUGUACAUAAAGCUUUCUUGGUUGGUUACUCACUUUCCUGUCUGCACAGAUACUCUGUCAGAGUGAGGCAGAUGGUGGAUGCCACACAUGCUGACAUGAAGCAGAGUUGGAAUAUUUCAUGGUCUCAUCAAUUUGUAAGUCUAUGAAUUCAAAUCAUACUAUUACUCGUCAUUCAUGACUCUUUAGCUGAAACUGAACAUCUCAACAUGACUGUGUCAACACUGUGUUUUGAUUGGGUAUUUAUACUAUUUAUUGCCUCCCAAUGCCAAUGCCAAAGUACAAGAGCACCCAUGGCAGAUGGAAGUUGUUCAGCAGGAUUUUUCAAAAAAGAAAAUUUCUGUGUAGAGUGUCAGGCCGAUCAUUUCUCGGACACUGUAAAUCAAUUGAGAUCUUGCAUGAAAUGUUCCCAUUGUGAUAGUGGUGACAAUGAAGUAGAGGUUACCACCUGCACAUCAACACAAGACCGGGUCUGCGUUUGUCAACCUGGGUUUUACAAAUCAGGUGCUUUUUGUAAACCCUGUAAUUGCCAAGACUGCAGUCCCAUAGAAUGUUUGAACUGUAAAGAGAAAUGUAACCGACAAACGACUACUACAACCACAGCAGUAGCUUGUAAGAAUGGCUAUUUUCUGGAUGGUGGACGAUGCCAAAGCUGUGUAGAGUUUAGCUGCAAGAGCGAGUCGUGUAAAUCUUUUUGUACCACAGUUGAAACACAAGGAUUUCCUAAUCUGCUGUUGCUGGUGUCUCUCAUCAUUGUGGUCUUAUUGGGUGGUCUUCUCUGUCUUCUACUCAUCCGGUUCUGUAGAUGGAAAUGGCUUUGCUGCCCGUCCAAAACCUGGCAUAUUGGCAAACAGUCAAACAUUCACAUUCAACCAGCAGAUCAACCUAAUGAUGUAAUAAACAUUCCCAUAGCAAUGGAAAGAUAUACCUCAGCCUGCAAUGAAACCUCUAUCAAAACUUUACCGGUGACCAGCUUCCCACACAGCGUCUUCAGUGGAGACUUACAGAGCAUCAUGGCACCCCUGAUAGCAAAUGGAAACCCAAAAUUGAUGCAGGUGUUGCAGAAGGAGUCCUGGCCAGCACCAGUGCUCUACACCAUCAUAAGAGAGAUUCCUGUGACACGCUGGAAGGAAUUUCUGCGACUGCUUUCCGUGUCAGAUGAUCAGAUGGAUCGAAUCGAACUGGAGGCAGGGCCAUCCUAUCUAGAAAAGCAGUACCUGAUGCUGCGCCUGUGGAGUCAGAGCAGUGGAGCGAAGCUGGAGAAUAUCUACUCAACAUUACACUACAUGAACCUGUCUGGCUGUGCCCAGGAACUGCAAGAGAAGCUAGAGCAACUGCAGGCUAGCAUGUAAUCUGCCUCAUCUUGACUCCAUCUCCUCAUGUGUGAGGGCUGCAGUUGAAUUUCACAAUCAUUUACAGGGAACUCUGCAAGGCAGAUGCUAUGUCUUCUGUACUUUUAACAGGAAACGCUCAGUCAUGGUUAAAAAUAUUCAGUUUCCUGAGUUGUUUUAUUUAAGCAUACUGUAAAAUAAAUACAAAUUAUAAAGUGCAUCAGUGGCUUUGUAAUAACGGAUUAUAAUCCUUGUCCUUGGUCCCGUGAAUCUGCCUUGUCACUAUACCGUACAAAUGUGAAUAUUUAUAGAAUAAUUUACUGAUUCUAAAUUUGAAUUAAAAAAAUAUUUAUUGCCUGGUUUCACAGACAAGGCUUAAGCCUAGUCCCAAACUAAAAUGCAUGUUUGAGCUAAUUUAACUGAAAGCAACUUGCACGGAAAUAUCUUAAAAUGUGUCUUUGUUUUGUCUC